AGCAUUGAUUCUGUGUUUCCCCACAAUGGAGUGUAUGGUGAGGGGAACGAGAAUGCCAAGGAGAGAGAGAAUGUCAGAUGAGUUUGGGGAGGAAGGGAAAGGUGUUGGUCAAAGGUAGAGUCAUGGGGUGCAGAUAAGACGGUUAUUGUAUGGGCAUUGAGAGUCCCAUGAUAUAACUGAGGGGAAGGGGAGAGCAAUGCAGAAGGACAGAGAAGGAAUCAGGGCUACUUUGUAUGGAGGAGUGGGUGGUGAAAAUAGGAAUUGACCAGUGGGCUGUGGGUGUUGACAGAUCUGCAUUCUACCCUUGUUUCCAUGUUGCUCAGUGAGAGAGAGAAUCAUCUUGAGGGCCAUAGCCAGACCUAUGUUUAUGUCAACAGAGGCCGAGCAAGAAACGUUGAUUAAUGGUUGAAUUGUUCAGGGUUAGGCCAUGGAAAGAGCAUGCUGAAGUAAGACCUACUCUGGGGAAAAGAUUAUAAUUUCAACACACCUUUAUAAAUGCAGCUAUUGUGUCUUGGUUGUUAUAGCAACAGGGAGAGUUUGAAUGAGGAAAUUCUGAACCUGUGAACCCCAGGUUCUGAAGGAAAUAUGGAAUCUGGCCUGGAAUCCUACAACUGAUGCAACUGAUGAAAAAAAUCAAAAUAUUAAUACCUUAUACAAAUAUUAAUCCUAACUACAAGUAUUAAUAUUUAAUUUAAUAGGAAGUGAAAUUCACAGGUCCAGGUUCUAGUUAAAGUCUAUUCAGUGGAAUAGAAAUGACCUAAUAAAGAGGAAGUUAUGAAUGGUAGGAACAGGAAUAAAUAAACCCACAGAUACAUGACUUCACUGAGCAAGUUGUCAAUCUAGGAACAGACUUUCAAAGGAGUUAUGGAAGUAUUCAUCCAAUGAUGAUUAUGCAAAUUCUCUCAAUUCUUUUGGGACAUAGUAAUUGAGUGAACUGAGUUGAGACGUGUGUAGAUCUAAUGUUGAGUUUAUUUGCGUAGCCUCUUUAACAUAAUGAAAUAAAAUUUGACACUGAGCCACAUAAAUAGGUAUUAUUGUGGAUGUCCAAGAACUUGGUUAAAGGAACAUAAGCAGAAAGAGAAGUUGAGAGAAACAGAAUUUGAGGGAGGGAAUUUCAGAACUUAGUAUCUUAGUAACUGAAGCCAUUCCAAAUAUUUUGAUUCCAUUGUCUUAUUUUCUCACCACAUAUCUGAAUGUGUACAUUAAUUGAUAGAUUAAUGCUAUGUUUAGUCAAUAACUCCACUAUUGUUGCAUCAAGUAGCAACCAGGGCACUAGAAAGUGAACGAUGGACUUUGCCCUUUUGAUUUAAAAUAAUUUGCGUUUCAGAAAGGAUCUAACACUGGCAGCCACUGCUCAAUAACCUUAACAAAUGAAAGUUGUUCCAAUGCACCUCAUUUCUUCAGUGAUUGCUCCCUAAUUUGUGGAAGAAUCUCAAACAAGGAUACAUUUACAAGUGGAAAUACCAUUGCACUUGCUCAACUUUGUCAGAAAUUGGGAGAGGCAAAAUAUAAAACCAAGUUACAAGAGUUUUUUUUCUGAAUUUGUUUGUUAUUCCAGUACAUGGUUCCUGGGAAACACUCGGAAGAGCUGGUGUGUGCCCAGGUCCGAUGUGGCUCUUAGUUAUAGUUUUGGCUGUAAUUCUGACCGUGACUAUUGGAGGGAGUUUGAUCAUCUUCACUGUCCGUAAGUAUUUGAAUCUAUCUGAGCAGAUGGCAGCAGUGAGGGCUUUAACCUGGGCUGCACCACAGGAAGUGAUCACCCAUAGAUGGUUUCAGUGCAUGCUGGAGAAGAUUGCCAAGAUGUAUUUGUAUCAGAUGUAAAUCACCAUUGGGGGAUAAAGGGAGCAACUAAACCCUUCUGAUUGUCCCAUGCAAACACUGAGUGCAUCAUCACUUAUCAAUUACUCUGUUGAAGAACUGGUUAUUCAGAAGUCAACAACCAAUCACUCUGGGGAACUGACUGAUGUGCCCAACCAUAUUAACAAGACUUCAACCAGUCUCUUUACAGCUUCUGCCUCUGCCACUGCUUCCAGCUCUGAGAACACAGUCCAGCUUACUCCUAGUGUUUCAGCAUCCCAGACCUCAGUGUCAUCACCACUGUGUGGUGGGAUCCUUCGAAACACUGAGGGCUCAUUUUCCACCCCUCGCUACCCAGCACAAUACCCUGCAAACUUGGUGUGCGUUUGGUGGAUCUUGGUGGAACCAGGGUACGUGAUCCAAUUUAAAGUUGACUCCUUAAACAUCGAGGGACGGUCACCUUGUCAUUUUGACAGCCUGGAUCUUCAUGAAGAAGAGGAAAAUGGAUUUCACAUGCACCAGAUAGCAAGGUUAUGUGGGAAUGUGGCGCCUCCUACUGUCAAUACCAACACCAGCAGGCUCAAAGUUUCUUUUGUGUCGGACUCGAGCGUUGGGGGAAGGGGCUUUAUUGCACGAUACCGGAUGAUUGCAUCAAGUGAUAAAAGCUGUGCCUGGGAUGAAUUUCUGUGUGAUGGGGGCCGGUGUCUUUUCGCCAGCUCUAACUGCAAUAAUUUUUACGAUUGUUUGGACAAGAGCGAUGAGGUGAAUUGUGCUCAGCAUCAUGAUUGUGGAGGGGUUCUGACCACUCUGGAAGGCUCUCUCGCCACUCCCAAACACCCUGAGCAGUAUCCACACAGACUGAUGUGUGUAUGGCACAUCUCAGUUCCUCAGGGUCAUGUGGUCCAGCUGCUGUUUCACAACUUCAGCCUGGAGGCUGCUGCCGACUGUCGAUCCAACUUUGUGGAGGUGCAUGACCAAGCCAGCAGUAGUCCCAGCACACUAAUGGGCAGAUACUGUGGGGACUCCUUCCCUCCAACUCUGACAUCCCCCCAACAUGAGAUGUUGGUUCUGUUUGUGGCUGAUGGUGCAGACUCCGAUGUGGGGUUCUUUGCCACCUACGAGGCUGUCAAUAGAAGUGAGGUGACGUGUAGUCCUCAUGAGUUCAGCUGUAUAAACGGGCAGUGUGAAGCGAUGCAGUGGGUGUGUGAUGGCUGGAGUGACUGCUCAGAUGGGAGUGAUGAAAUGAACUGCACUGAUGUCACACAUCUUCCUUAUGAACCUGCCUGUGAGAAGAUUGAGGUGGAGAUGUGCCACGGACUGAGUUAUAAUGAAACUUCAUUCCCCAAUAUCUGGCUUGGAAUUCCAGAUCAGAGAAGUGCUAUUUCUACCCUGAAGGACUACAAGCUCCUGAUGGGCUUGGUUUGCUAUGAGAAGCUUCGCCUGCUGACUUGCAGCAUCUUUGUGCCCAAAUGCACAUGGGAUGGUGGUGUCGUACCACCUUGCCAGUCUCUCUGCCUGUCUGCUGAAAAACAAUGUCAGCACUCACUGGAGUCUUUGGGCAUAAUAUGGCCUUUUAACUGCAACCUUUUUCCAGAUUCUGAUGACCCCAUUGAAUGUGUGAGACCUUAGAUAAAAAAAGGUAACAUCCCAAUCCAGUCCAAAUCUACAUCCACCAUGGCUCCAGGAAUACAAAUUAUUUUAACUGCAACUUAAGAACGUCAGCAUCUGGGGAACUAUAUGAACAAGUUUCAUUAAGUGCUAACUAUGCAUUUCUUUAUUAAUGAACUUGUACACCAGGUGAAGUUCUAUUGCUUUUUUGCCAAGACAAAGACUAUCUUGACGGCCUGAGUGGCCUUAAGGUUGGACGUUGAUGGGUGGAUCAUUCACACCUACUGUAAAAUAGGAAUACAUGUGGUGGAACACUAACUUUUGGUUUGAGGCAGUGCAAACUACAGGAAAAGUUUUCAGAAAGCUAUUUAUAUUCCAAAACAAGAACAUAUUUUGCAGUUAUGAAGACUCCCUGAGAUGGAAAUUCUAACUUGUGUAAAAACUCAUGCAAAUGUAGGCUUACCAGGUGGUCCAUUGUCAAAUUGUGCUUGGCUCCCAGACUGUGAUGUCCCGGCAUGUACAAAGUCCCUUAGUCCGUGAUCUCCUAUCAUUGAAUUCCAUAAAGAUCACAGGAGAAACAUUGAUGGUUGUGGUGUGAGGGGUAAAUAUGACUGUUGAGAAAGUAAGAUGACAGUUGAUUAAUACUUCAAAGAUGUAAAUGGAAUCAGUUUGUAAUUAUGUUGUUUAGAUGGGUUUUCAGUCUCUGUAUAAACUGUUUACUUUCAGUAUUUAUAUUCCCAAAAUCACCUGAUAGUCAUAGAAAAGCACAGCACAGAAACAGGCCCUUCAGCCCAUCUAGUCUGCACUGAUCCAUUUAAACUGCCUACUCCCAUUGACUUGGACCGGGACCAUAGCCCUUCAAAGUCCUACCAUCCAUGUACCUAUCCAAACUUCUCUUAAACAUCUAUUCCAAUGGGGUAGGGGGAGGAAUCUUAUCGACCCUGUGCACACGCCUCCUUGGCCAAAUGAUGCCCCAUAUAUUUACAUGAUUUCGAGUUACAUGGAGUGCCAAACUGGCGUAAUGGCCUCCCAUGUAUCAUCAGGACACUCAAAUGAGUUGCCUCAGAUUCAGCAGAUGAAUUCCCAACCUAGUCCAGUACCAAGCUACACAGACCAGGGAGGUUAUGGGUUUGAUACAAAGCCAGCAUGGAGUCAGCUCAUGUAUAUGAAGAGUGAUAACUUGUCUUUGGUUAUGUAAGAAGUUAGUAUCAUUAGGAAGAAAUAGAAGAAAAUUGUGGAAAAUGGUGAAGUAACAGACAGAUUGACAAAAACUAUUUUUAACACCUUAUAAUAUUCAGUGCAAAUGAGCUGUAUCACAUAAGCACAUAUAAUUUCACCAAAUUAUGUAACUGAUUCAAUUUAAAUACAUAAAUGAUUUAUUUUAGUGGAGUUCAGUUACUGUCCACUUUUACUUACAGCUGUAUUUAUAAUUUUGAUAUCCUUUAUACUGUCAAAUAAAAUAAUUUAGAAAGUACUUGCAUUUAUAUGAAAAUCUGCAAGUGUUGCAAUUCUAAAACAAUAAAUAGUGUUUUC